AUGGAAAGCCUAAGAGAGUCUCAUAUUCAUCAUAGGGUGGGCCGCUCGCUAAUUUUCUUUCCUUUACCAUUUCAAGGUCAUAUAAACCCCAUGCUUCAACUUGCAAACAUCCUGUAUUCCAGAGGGUUCUCCAUCAUCAUAAUCCACAUUCACUUCAACUCUCCAAAUCCUCAGAACUACCCCCACUUCACCUUCUAUUCGAUUCCCGAUGGCUUGGAACAUGAUGUUUCUACUGCAGAUAUCAUAUAUUUUGUGAAACUCCUCAAUAUCGAAUGUGUUGAACCCUUUAGAGAUGGUUUGUCUAGGUUGUUGUUGGAUUUUAAGGAGGAGCCAAUUUCUUGCAUAAUUACUGAUGCCGUCUGGCACUUCACUCAAGUUGUUGCUGACAGCAUUAAGCUUCCAAGGAUUGUGCUACGGACCAGUGACAUUUCUUCAUUCCAUGUUUUUGCUGCUUUUCCACUUCUGCGAGAAAAGGGUUAUUUCAGAGCCAAAGAUUCUAAACUAGAAGAAUCAAUUAUAGAGAUUCCCCCACUUAAAGUGAAAGACCUUCCAGACGUUAAAACACAAGACCCAGAAGAUCUUCAUCGUUAUGUAGCCAAAUUGAUGGAUGAAAGCAAGGCCUCAUCAGGACUCAUUUGGAACUCGUUUGAAGAGCUCGAGCAAGAUUCACUUACUAGAUUAUGCCAACACUUUCCUAUUCCCAUUUUCACAUUAGGUCCAUUUCACAAGUACUUGCCAGCCUCUUCAAGCAGUUUAUUAACACAAGACCAAAGCUGCAUUUCCUGGCUAGAUGCCCAGGCUCCAAAUUCUGUACUCUAUGUGAGCUUUGGGAGUCUUGCAGCCAUAACUAAGAAUGAAUUUCUGGAGAUAGCUUGGGGACUAGCCAGUAGCAAUCAACCUUUCUUGUGGGUUGUUCGACCAGGCUUAGUCCAGAGCUCAGGAUGCCUUGAACCAUUGCCGAAUGGAUUCCUUGAGAUGGUAGGUGAAAGGGGUUAUAUCGUGAAAUGGGCUCCUCAACAAGAGGUUCUAGCACACCCAGCCACUGGAGGGUUUUGGACACACAACGGGUGGAAUUCCACAUUAGAAGGAAUUUGUGAAGGGGUGCCCAUGAUUUGUCAGCCCUCCUUUGGUGACCAAAAAGUAAUAGCUAGGUAUGUAAGUGAUGUGUGGAAAAUUGGGAUACACUUGGAUUAUACGCUUGGGAGAGGGAAGAUAGAGAGGACAAUCAAAAGAUUAAUGGCGGAGGCAGAAGGGCAAAGAAUAAGGGAGACAAUUAUGUCUUUGCAAGAGAAGGCAAAACUUUGUGUAAGACAAGGGGGCUCUUCUUACCGCUCUCUUGCGAGCUUAGUCGAUUACAUUUUAUCUUUCAAGACUUGA